AUGGCCAGCGUGCAGCAGGGCGAGAAGCAGCUCUUCGAGAAGUUCUGGAGAGGCACCUUCAAAGCCGUGGCCACGCCGCGACCCGAGAGCGUCAUCGUGGCCAGCAUCACGGCCCGCAAGCCGCUGCCCAGCGGGACCCUCAGCUGCCUGACAUACCCUGCGGAGGACAGACGUCCCGAAAAGCUGAGUGGCCGUGCAGUCAAGGAGGCCUCCACCACCAAUGGCUGUGCAAAAGGGAAGGAGGGACGAGACUAUGUUCACCACAGGUCACGCAGCCCCUCGUGUGAUGGGGAGCAUGUGCCACUGGCCCGGGGGAAGAAGAAGAAGAAGAAAUCCAGCCGUAAGAAGCGAAGGAGGUCUCCCUCCUACAGCCCCUCGCCUGUGAAGAAGAAGAAGAAGAAAAGCUCCAAGAAGCGAAAAAGAAACAGGUUGUCCUCAAAGAAGAGGAGACACAGUUCUUCAAGCCCCAAAAGUAAGAGAAAGGAAGAAAGAAAACACAAAAAACACUCUCGUGGGCGCACCCGGAAAUCUCAUCGCCAUUGCCACCGCCACUGCCACUCUCGCUCAGAGAGCUCCGACUCCCACUCCCCCAGCUGUCGAAGCAGGCACAGAACCAGGUCUCGGGAGGAAGGACGUAAAACACGACGAAGACGCUCCCGGCACCAUUCAAAGAUCACAGCAAAGCGAAGCUCCUCUGCAGAGGUGCAGGCCAGCCAAAAAGCCAGCCAAACCCUCCCGCUGUACAGCUUCCUCUCUCCUAAGGAAGUAAUCUCUCAGUCAGGGUCUUCUGCUGACCUCUUUACCAAAACAGACAGCCCGCCUGGCAACCUAGCCAGCCAGAAUGGAGAGUAUCAUGAAUAUGACUCAGGAAACGAUACUUCCUCCCCUCCCUCCACUCAAACGAGCUCAUCCAGGUCAAAGGACAGCCAGGAGAAAAGAAGUCUAGUCCAUGAUGGCUUUGGCCAUGCCUUCUCGUCCGGGAAGCCCAAACUGGCCAACAGCGAUAACAGCUCUGAUUCAGGAAAUUCCUUCACCAGUUGCUUUUCCCAGACCAAGGGAACAGCUUUGGAAAAUCUGUCUCCAGAUGCCCAGGGACAAGACCGAAGAAGGUGCCUGUCCUUGUGUCUCAGCUGUUCGGAGGAGAAGAAGCGAAACUUCCUCCCGUCCCCAGCCCACAGCUCCCCAUUGAGGCCAUGCUCCCGCAGCGAGUCAUACACCAGCACGGGCAGAUCCUCCCCUGGCUCCAGCCGCUCCCACUCCUCACACCACAAGGCCUCUCCCAGGUACUCCCGAAGCAGGUCCUGCUCUUCAGGAAAAAGGUCUUCUUCACGUUCCCCCAGCUGUUCCUCCAAAUCCUGCAAAAAAAGUCCUGGGAGCAGGAGUUCACGGCCUCGUCGGAGCCCUAGUUACUCCCGCUACAGCCCUAGCAGAGACCGUGAGCGAGAGCACAAGUACAGCUCCAGUGAGAAGGAGUCGCACAGGGAGCGUGAACGGCAGCGGCGGCGGCGGCGGUCGUAUUCACCCCUAAGGAAACGCAGAAGAGACUCUCCCAGCCACCUCGAAGCUCGGCGCAUCACGAGUGCCCGCAAACGCCCCAUCCCCUACUACCGUCCCAGUCCCUCCUCCUCCAGCAGCGCCAGCAGCUAUUCGUCCUGGUACAGCAGCUUUAGCCGCUCCCCGAGCCGGAGCCGGAGCUACUCCAGCUACCGGACAAGCCGGAGCCGAAGCUGGAGCAGCAGCAGCACCGAGGGCAGGAGCCGCAGCCGGAGCUCGGGCCCCAGGAGCAGCCGCAGCAGGAGCAGGAGCAGGAGCUAUGACUCAGGAGGCAGUUCCAACAGCCUGCGUCGCUAGGGAGUGCCGCCGACAGCUCGUGUGCCGGCGUCGCCUCCAAAUUCCUGGCAUUCUCCACUUCCUUCCCACCUACCUGGCCAUCGAUAGCAAUCAUCCCCAAUACUGAUGUGGUGGCAGUGCUGGGUCCCCCUUCACUGGUUUGGAGUAAGAGCCCUGGUGCGCCGGUGUAGCCCCUUUGCCACCUCGCAGAGUGGGUGGAUCAGUCCCAGCUCCCCAGACUGGGGCUGGAAGAAGAGUCGGUGCUUUACAGAGGGUCUGUCACGACAGACCUGCUCCAUCCUCCCCGACAUCCCCGUCUCCCCGUUGCUGCCACUCUCCAAAGCACUACCAGCUGGUCCAAAGGGAAGAAUUCAGCUCCUUGCUCUUCUGCCAGACUAGGAACCAGCAAAUUAAUUUCUGUUGCAGGGAGAGAUCCAGUUAGGGAGGAAUUUACUGGAAAGCUUUGGCGAUGAGUGGGGGUGUCCUGUCCCCCACCAUGUCAAAUAUCAGGUCCCUGGGGUCUCUCCUCCAGAGCUGUUGUCCGCUCUGCAGCAGGCCUUUUCCAUGAAAGAAUAUUUAUUUAUUGCCAGUCAGCUAGUCCCUGCUAUAAAUAGAAGGCUAGAAAGCCCUCCUGACGCAAUUCCUGGGGAAAAAAAGGCCAUUCCCUCUCUUUCUCCUGCCCUUUCCUGCCAGGUACGCAUCAUCUUUUGCAGGGUUGUUUUAUCCCCACCCCCAGCACUGUCGCUUGCAAACAAACCGCUGAGGUCUGAGGCAGACGAGGAGCCCGUGGGGUACCAGGGAGAGGGGAGCUCGGGCCACACUGUGCUCCAAGAGCCAGGCCACGGCAUGAGAGAUGGGGGCCCUGGGGUUCCCGUCUCGGAGGAACCUCCUUGCAGUUUGGGUUUAGGGUUUUCUAAAGGGAGCCUUGCCCUUGGAGUGCAACGCUGCUGGGACUGCAAGAAGACAUGGAGAUAACCUAGCUGUGGGGUGUAGUGAGAGCACACAGAGUUAAAAGGGAAUUGCAUGAGCCAGGGGACCCCAAUUCCCCUUCCUCGUAACAGGCAGCAAUUUUAAGCAGUGCCAGCUUUCAGGAAAUCAUUUCUCCUUGAGACCCCCGGGCUCGCCCGGCCCGAGGUGGGAUCAGCAGCCGCAGCAGCCCCGUCGCAGGGCCUGUGCCAAGCCAGAGCAGGCUGCACCCGUGCCCCAGGUUGUCGCCGGGCAGAGGGUGCAGCGGGGGGACGGAAGGGGCCCCUGGCUAAUUGCCUGUUUUUCCAAGGAGCCGCAGGCAGCAGCAGGAGAGCCCAGCCUGCCUGGGCGGCCCCGGGGUUUUGUCUCCCUGCCAGGCCUGCCAGCCCAGCUGCCUGCGCAAUUACUGUGUUUUGCAGGGUAACAAAGGCUUCUCCCGGCACAGGCUGAGCUGGUGCUGAGGAGUUUCUUUCUCUUACAACACCUGGGCGCUUAGAGACGCUAAUUUGGGUUUAAGACUUCCCUCCCUCCCUUUUUCCAUCCCCUCCCCUUCCAUCCUGCAUGAUUAUUAACGAGUUUGGGCUUAAUGAGUCAAGGAGGUGUGUCAUUUAAGUGUGACAGAAAAAGGGCUAAGUGGAGCCAGCAUGUGCUGGAAGGGGAGAGGGGGCAGAAAGAAUUGCAACACCCUCCCCUCCAGCUAAAGAGUUACCUACAGCCCCCCGGUGCCGCUGGCAGCAGGCGAAGGGGCACAGCUGCAAGCGGAGGAAGGCCAAGUGCCGUGUACUCUUCUGGUGGAGCUGGAUGGUCACCUCGGCGAGCAUAUAAACCUGUUUUCUGUUGGAAAGUGCAGCAGCGUGGGGUGUAUUUCCACCUGGGUGGUAUCAGGGGAGGUUUUUAUCCAGGGGUCCCUUUUUCCCAGUGUCCUUCCUACUGCUGCUCCCCCUUGUCCUGUGCCUUCAACCCCCAAAGCGCCCCCUUUCCCUGGUCCCUUAUCCCCCACCUCACUCUCUGCGGGUAAUUUGAGGAUGAGGGUGGCUGAAGCAGAGAGCUGGGCACUGGUACAGUCAGUGGCUUGGUGGGGACAGGUGUCCAUCUCCUGGGAGGUCACUUGCUAGGGCAUAGAGGAAAGCAUUCAUGGUAGGGCUGAGCAAACGAUCUAGGGCUGUGGUUGAGGGAUCAAAGGUGGGGUGUUCUUGCAGCGGGGUGCCACUGCUUUCCCUCCUGCGCUGGCCCUGACAGCAGCCCCUCAGCCAUCUUCUGCAGUGAACGCCCUUCUCGUACAGGGCAGAAAAACCUCGCGCUUCUUCCCCAAAAAGUCUCUCCCAGUUUGACGCUGAAAUGCCCCGUCCUUCUGCUGCCCGGGCAGACCCGAAGGCACUGAUGGGAACCCAAACCCCAGAUCUACCAGUGUUUCAAGAGCAGCCUCAUGCCCCUUAACAGCCCCCGACACACACAGGCGCCUGUAGCAAGGAAGCGGCGAGCCAGGAGGUCAGAAACUAGGAAAGAAAAGAAGAGAGGCUUUGUGCAACAGUGUAAAUAUCAAACACAAUGCUGACCCGAGUUCCUCGUGGCUGGGGAACGGGCGAUCGAAGCACUGCAUCGGGGUCAGCAGCACCCACCGACCGUGGGACAGGAGAUGAGUCUGCAUGGGGGUGACGGCAGCUCUCGUACCCGACUGGCUGAUCUGUGCUUCAGGGACUGCCUCCGCUUGUACAGUCCAUGGCAGCUAAAUGCUCCUGGGGUUUCCCGAGCAGAUUUGCGUUGGAGUAAACCUCUUUGUUUAUUUAUUUAUUUAUUUAUUUAUUUAUUUAUUUAUUAUUUUUAUUAUUGGAUUUUUAAUUGUAUGCCAGAACGGAUGCAGGUGGUCACCGUUAACAGUAUUUUUUUUUUAACAGUAAGUUAUUUUCUGAUCUGUUUGUUUGUUUGAAUGUAUCCUUGCCGCUGUUCUCAUGUAAAGGUUUAUGCCGCUGGCCCCUCUCGAUGAGGUGGCUGGAGGAGUGAUGGUCACUCCUGCUGCCCACGUGUCCCUUUGUGCUCUCUGGAGCAGGGCGAAGAGCGUGUAACGGACAAAGGGAUGCGGGGCAGAGCUGUUUGUCUGCUUUCAUGUUAAAAUCUGGAGUAUCUCAUUAGAUUUGUGCAGGAACACGACGGAUAUGACCAUAGAAACGGGUCUGGGACCUCACGGAGGUGACGGCGAGGGUCUGCUUGCCAGCCAGCUGAGUGACAGGGUGUUUGCAGCGCUGCGAGGGGAAGUCUCGCCCCAGCCCGUGCUCGCGCCGGCCGGGUGCCAGCUGGCCGCCACCGCUGUUUCCCUUGGCUCCGCAGCCAGCGCACAACUCGAAACCGGGCUGCUCCGCACAGGCACCGCUGGUUUCCCUGGGAGGAUGCCGUCGCUAGGGCUCCCCUGCUGUGUUUAUCGCUGCUCAGUGACCCGCCCAUGGAAAAAAUAAAGGAAUGAGACCGUGAGAGAGCGACCGGUGCUGAAGAUGCUUGCAAAAUCCAGCCUCUGGUGACAGGACCUAACCAAGGCUCUGUGUGUAUGUGUACGUAUAUGUGCGGGUAUAUCUGCACGUGUGCAUAGGCAUAUUCGUUUCCCUCAGUGGUGGUAUUUAUUUUUUAAUUUAUUUAAGAUUUUUAGUACAACCCGGACCAUCACCCUCCUUGUCAGUGGACGACUGGGCUUUCCGCUGGUUUGCAAGAAGUCCAUGAGCUUUUCUGUCUCUGUGCCUUUUGCCAGCACUGGGGUUUUGUUUUGGUUUGGUUUUAUGUUGUUUUGCUCAAUCCUCGCUUUUAUGGAUUUUUGUUCCACAUCCAGCAUCUCAGAUUGCUGCUGACACUCUCUGCAAAGAGCAGCAUUCACCUGGUGGAAAGGCAGCUUGUCAAUUCGGUGUCGGCGAGCCGCUGCUCGCCUGCAGCCGGCUGCCGGAGGGAUGCCCAAGGCUGGCUGCAGCCUCAAGGCUUCAGGAAAAUCUCUCAGUCAUUUUUGGGAGCCCUAUCUCAGAGGGUUUGCUUUCCUCAAACACAGAGGCUCUUUCCUACCCGUGAUGUUGUUUCCGUCCCACAAGAGCCCUGGUUGCCUUUCCCCGGCAGAGCACACGUCACAGCACCUGCUCCCAAACGUCCCCCUGAUCCCGGAGUCGGGCUUCGGCUCCUCCCGCUCCCUGGGCCUGCCUCAGCUCUGGGUUUGUCACACCAAGCGAGGCUCGGCCCACCUCUCCCAACCCUGGCGCUGGGGCCAGGCUCCAGAAAACCCAGCACGAUCUCUGCAGGGUUGCUGGAAAACAAAGAUAAGGGAUAUUUCAAAGCACUGUUGUGUUCUUUCUCUUUUUUUCAUGGUUACAGCACUCGGUUGAGCUUUGCUUUAUGCUGACCGCAACUUUUCUCAAUGUUUUUGUUGGUUUGGAGGACUGAAGUUGUACCAAACUUGUCUGCAACAGCCAAUCACUGUUAUUUUGCUAUGCAUUGUACAUAUA